CGUAACAAGGGAGAAAGCAUUCAAGGACAAUGGAUAGCUCCAUACGAGAGAGAUUUCUGAGUUUUGUCGAUGUUAUAAUUAGGGUUCCACCAUUAUUCAUCAUAGAUGAACUACUUAAAAUUGAAUUCGGAUUAAUGGAGGAAAAUGUAGUGUUAGAUAGCACAGUUAUUAUAUCUAAUUCAGCAACACCACCCAUAUCCAAUUCAUUUCUUAUAGAACUUUUUGAUGUUAGGCAUGUUGCCUACAAGAUAUUUUUGACGAUCAUAUUGAAAUUUUUAUGUUGUUGUUUAGGAUGUAUUGCUGCACUGUGUACAUUUAUGUUAUGGACAAAGCACUUAAUAACUGUAUACUUAUAUUUAACAUCAGUUGGGGUAAUAGUCCUAUCGCAUUGGUCAAACACUAGUGCAAUGAAAGCUAUCAUAGCGUACGUGAGCACCCAAGAAACCACAACUAGUAUACUGGAUGAUAUUUUGUGCUUCAACAUAACAUUCAUUUUAAAAGAAGGACCUGGGUUCGUGGUAAUUCAAAAUUACAUUCUGCAAUGCCUAUUAGCCAGCAUCUUUUGUUAUACCCACCUGGCUCCGAAAUAUCCGGUAUUGCAGAAACUUUUAGUAUUAAGCUUCAUGGCACCUUCGAUCCUGGGAAUUUAUCCAUUGCCAACGCAAGUUCUUCACCACGCCCCGGUGUUCGCGGCGCUCGUUCCGAUGACUGUAUGCAACUUCGUCCUUUGGUACAACGGCAUCACUAUGCUGAAAACGAUCUAUAUGGGAUACCAACACGCGCGUAAUUUUAUAGAUAAUUACGGUCUGUCCGCGCUGGCCGAGACCGAGUGGAUCCGAUUGAACGUGCCGUGCGUGUUGCGUACUUUUUGGAUGCUACGCGCGGGAAGACAGGUCAUACAGAUUCUUCUGAACGAUUAUAGCGAGGAGACAUUCAGCUACUUCAUGAUGAUCAAAUCUUUAGCAGUGAAUGGUUGCGAGACCUUGACAGCGGUCUUGGGGAUGACCAGCAUAGUCUCGUUCAUUUGUCACUAUAUCGGUUGCUUCUUCCAAUGGGUGCUUCUCACGGGAGACGAGGGUGAGAAAAGCAUCGGCACCGUCUCCGCGAUUCUUUUCUACAUUCUGGCGCUUCAAACCGGGCUGACCAGCUUGGACAAGGACAAACGUUUAGUCAGACUUUGUCGUAACAUCUGUCUGCUGGUCACUGCGAUAUUGCACUUCGUGCACAAUAUUGUGAACCCAUUGUUAAUGUCUCUCAGUGCCUCGCACAAUCCAGCUCUACAUCGGCAUAUCAGGGCACUGGUGGUCUGUGCGUUUCUGAUACUGUUCCCGGUAUCGGUGCUUGUGUAUCUCUGGUCGCAUUACACUUUGAGCACGUGGCUCCUGGCCGUGUCCGUAUUCAACAUCGAGGUGAUAGUGAAGGUGCUGGUCUCGCUGGCGAUAUAUUCCCUGUUCCUCGCCGACGCGUACCGUAGCGCUUUCUGGGAACAACUGGACGACUGCGUCUACAUCAUACGAUCGUUCGGGAACACCAUCGAAUUCGCUUUCGGCAUCAUUCUCUUCUUCAACGGUUUCUGGAUCCUGGUGUUCGAGUCCGGCGGUGCUAUCCGCGCCAUCAUGAUGUGCAUCCACGCUUAUCAGAAUAUCUGGUGCGAGGCGAAGGAGGGCUGGAGCGUGUUUAUGAAACGGCGAACAGCCGUGGACAAGAUCAACACUCUGCCGGAGGCGAAAGCGGAACAGCUUCGAAUGUUGGACGACGUGUGCGCGAUUUGUUACCACGAGAUGCAGAACGCCAAGAUCACCCAAUGCAAGCAUUACUUCCACAGCGUGUGUCUGCGUAAAUGGCUGUACGUGCAAGACCGUUGCCCCCUUUGCCAUAACAUAUUGUACAAAUUCGAGAACAUAAGGAGCAACAACGAGACCAGGUGAAACGACGCGUUGUUUCAUUGUGAUAUCUACAUAUAUAUAUGUAUGUAUGUAUGUAUGUAUAUCUGUAUACAGAGAA